CGCGAAGCGCUAAACAUCGGCCCGCCGUUCCCACAAGACGACACCGUCAUCAUCCAACCGCUGCCGUCGAAGGGAUGCACAACCACCCUGACCGAGACGCUGGGGUACCCGUGUGAUUGGGACGGCACCCUGACCGUCUACCCGUCCACCGUGCUCCAGACCCGCCAGGUCAACUGCAACGGGUGUGACAACCUGCUUGUUCAAAAGGACUACUACUUUUGCCCGAACCAACGGAUUAAUGCCACGGCUAGGGUCGGCACGCCGAGUACGUAUUGGAAUACGGUAUGUCGGCCGAGU